CCAGAAUGCUUACAUUAAAUAAAUUGAGCACAAAGGAAUAUGCCUUACUAAUGAAUUUUUUAACUUAGAUAAAGUUGAUUACAAGGAGACUCGUCAUGGAAACAUUUAAUGUUAUUUUUAAAAAGGAGCCUCUCAAUGUAUGUGAAGAAUUCGAAAUGCAAAAUUCUGUCAAUUUAGAACCGCUGGGGGUAAAUGACGUUGCAGAGCUUUUACAACACCAAUAUGCCAUUAUCUCAGGUGGUAAAUCAAAAGAAGGCUGUCCAAUUAUUACAUUCCCCGACAACAAUAAUUUUCAAAUGAUAUCUGAUGUAGACUACCAACGUUUAAUGAUGUAUUUAACGUCAGUGCCUUCACUCCAAGAUGCAGAUUUGGGCUUCCAUUUAAUUAUAGAUAGGAGAACGGACAGGUGGAACUCCGUUAAAACCGUUCUUCUAAAAAUUUCAGUUUAUUUUCCAGGCCUAAUUCAUGUCGUAUACGUCUUAAGGCCUGCCAGUUUUUUACAGAAAGCUUUAUCAGAAGUCAGCAACAAGUUAUUUAAGGACGAGUUUAAAUUUCGUAUGAUAGUACUGAGCACGGCUGAGGAGCUACAUAAGUAUAUUAGUUUGAAACAACUAACUCCGGAUCUGGGUGGCACUUUACAGUAUAAUCACGAGGAAUGGAUAGAACAAAGAGUCGAGUUGGAGAAGUUUUCGACUAUAACACAACAAGUUUCUAGUGCUUUAGACGAGUUUACAAAAUCUAUUGAGGAAACCGAGUUGCCAAAUAAUGUCGAUUCUACUCAGCAGUUGCUAAAUAAACAGACUGAAACUUAUUCGGAUUUGAAAGAAGAAAUCCUGUCGGCAGCUAAACACGGGGAAAAUUUAUUGUGUAGCAUAAAAGAUAAAAAUAUGUCGUCUUCUAGUGAUGGUAAAUUUGCUCAAAGUUCGGACACUAUUAGUAACGUAUUUGCUGUAGAACGACUACUUGUACAACUAGAAGAAACUGAAAAGACUUUCGACGAGUUCUGGCAACAGCAUUCUACCAAACUGCGUAACUGUUUAGAGCUCCGUCGAUUUGAACAAGACUUUAGAGAAUUACAAGUGAAUUUUGAUUCUUAUUUAAAGACUGUGUCUGAAAUGACGGAAGUAGGGGAGACUGUGAACAGGGUAGACACUCUAAUUAAAGAAACUAAUACUUUCCAAAAAUUGUGUAAUGUAGAUAUAGAAAGAGCAGAAGAAGUUAUUUCGUCUGGUCAGCAUUUGAUCAAUAUAAAAAAUUCGUGCCCUUUAGAAUCCGUAGAACCUAAAUGUAGUGAACUUCUUAGAAUGAGAGAUUUAUUGUUAGAGCGCCUUUCAAGGCGAAUGGACGUAUUAAUUAAAUGUAGAGAAUUAAUGAAGAAAGUUGAAAAGGCCAAUCAGUGGUGUGCCAGUGGUAUAGACCUUUUGGCAUCCCAGAGAAUUGAACAAUGUUCAGCUUCUCCGGAACUGGCAGAGAAAUACUUAAAAGAAACGCAGGACUUCCUUGCAUCUUCCAAAGAGUUCUCUUUAAAUGGUCCCAAGGAUUUUAAAGAUACAUUUCAAUGUGCUACCACACCGGAAACAAAAGCCCUUGUCUCCCAGGUGCUUCAAAGGAUUGAGGAUGUUAGUCUUAUGUGCAAUAAGCAUAUUACUAGUUUAAAUAAAUUGGCUUCAAAACCCAAACGGCCCGUGCAAACUGUUAUUCCUGAACCAGCAGUGCCCAGGCAGCCACAAAUUGGAGCUCCACAACCCUCGAGGGCUGUUCUGAAGAAGGCUUCCACAAUUCCCAAGAUGACUUCGCCGUUGGAUAAUGACCAGAACCCGAAUUUUGUGCAACACGAGGAAAAGACCGUUUUACCAGAAACAGACGAAGUUAAUAAAAUCAAAACAAGGCAUGUUCUAACUGAACUUUUCGAGACCGAAAGAGUGUAUGUAUCGGAACUGUUAUCUAUUAUCAAUGGUUACAAAUUGGAAGCUCACAAUGACGAUAUGCGACACUUGAUACCGCAAGGAACUGAAGAAAAGUUCGACGUGAUCUUUGGAAACUUGGAAGAAAUCUACCAGUUCCACUCAGACACCUUUCUCAGGGACCUAGAAAAUUGCAUAUCGUCUACAGACCUAGUGGCUCUGUGUUUUGUGCAAAAGAGAGAUAAAUUUUUUCGACUCUACAGCUUCUACUGCCAGAACAUCUCGAGGUCCGAACACCUUAGGGAGACCUCGGUGGAACUCCACCAAUUUUUCCAAGCCUGCCAACACAAACUGGGCCACAAACUACCGCUAGCUGCUUACUUGCUAAAACCCGUACAGCGCAUAACAAAGUACCAACUACUUCUAAGGGAUCUACUACGAUAUUCAGACGAAGGAAAAUGUUGCAAAGAGCUGCAACAAGCUUUGGAAUGCAUGCUCGUCGUCUUGAAAUGUGUUAACGACAGCAUGCACCAAAUAUCCAUAACCGGGUUCCCCGUGGAUCUAUCCCAGCAGGGCGAAUUACUGUUGCAAGGUUCGUUCUCCGUGUGGGUAGAAAACAAGAAAGAUUUGAGAUUACGCCUCAAGCCCAUGCGACGCCACUUGUUCCUGUACCAAAAGGCCUUGUUGUUUUGUAAACCCGUCUCCAAGGCCGCCGAGAACAAAGCGACAUACCAAUUCAAACACUACUUGAAAAUGUCCCAGAUUGGCUUAACGGAAUCUGUGAAGGGUGACGCGAGGAAGUUCGAAGUCUGGCUGCAGGGCAGACAGGAGGUGCAUAUGAUACAAGCCGCCAAUUUGGAACAGAAGAACGCUUGGGUGAACGAAAUAAAGAGGGUGCUGUUCAACCAGUUGGAGGAGAUCAAGGGGGAGAAGAUUAAACAGUACGCAGCUCUAACUCACAAGUCUCUGCGUCAAACGACGUCAUGGGAGAAACAGAAGAAUUCUGUGCCAAUAGUGCCAAUUAUAGAUAGCCAUAGGGCUCUUAGUUGCGAGGCGGAGCCCACGCACCACGUAGUCGAAGAAGAAGCUGUCGAGUGUUUGGAAACCGGUAACUGGUCUUCAGAUUGUAGUAAUAGUGAUGACGAAGAUCAUCCGAAUACGGCCGUACCGAGAGGUCAUUACGUUGCUUUAGCUGAUUAUUGUGCGGUUGGCAACAGCGAGGUAAACAUGAGGGAAGGGGACAUUGUUGAAUUACUUAAGGUUGGCUGUGCAGGAUGGUGGUUUGUUAAAGUUAUCGGCAAUUCGGUGGAGGGGUGGGCCCCAGCUGCUUAUUUAGAAAAUUUGCACCGCAAAAGUUCUCGCAGUAGUAGUAGAAGUCAAGAUAGGUUGAACGAGUAGUGCUCAGCCAAUGAAUAUAGUAAUUUUUCCUACAAUAUUUGAUAUAGAGGUUAGUCGAAUUGUACAAAUGUGGGAGAUUUUAAAGCAAUGUGUUGAAUUUCUCUUACCCAUUCCUGUUUGAUCAAAUUAUGUCAAAAACGGCUACUUGAUUUGGUUUGCAAAGUAACAUACUGUUUUAAAAUUUCCUUUCGAUGAUAAUUUUUUUUACAUUUUAAGCAGUUCCGCCUUUCGGUUCUUUUAAUUUGUAGCGUGAUUUUAAGGGAAUUUUAGAAAUUUUGGGGUCAAUCUUUCAGUAUUUCUACAAAUUUUUCUAUAAUGUUUACUGUAGAACUACAAAUAAAAUUGCGAUUUCUUGGCGCAGGGCUGACUAUUUUUUGAUUUUUUAUCUAUGUCCGCAGAGUAAAUCUAAUCAAAUUAAAAGAAUAUCGUUGAAUUCUCAAAUAAUAAACAUAUUCGAGCUGCUCAAAGUGUAACACUUCCACACGGUGUAUUUUAAAAUAGAUACGUUUAUAUUUAUUUAUCAUUGCUUCAGUUAUUUACUGUGAGAACAUGGGUGAUUUGGAUCAAGUUCAUAAAAUGGUGUUUUAAUUAAAAAUUUUUUUUUGCUAGAAAGUAAUUUGUACAAUAUUUUUUGUGGCUUCUUCCAUUUCACUAAUGCUAAAAAUCAUAUGUAUUUUUAUACAAGAACUAUGUUUCAUCUGCCUAAUAAGCAAAUUCAAUUGUUUCUCAAAUAUUUUAUUUUUAUUUUAUUGAUUGCCGCUUCAUGGUAGUUGAAACACGCUCAUAUGACUGUAAUUAUUUACUAUACAUGUGAUUUUUUUUAAUCGUAAUCCAUAUAUUUACUAAUUACCAAAUUAAUCUUGUUGAAUGACAUAUCCACAUUAUUUUCUUAUAUCAGAAAAUAUAUUGACCAAAGUUGUAAUUAUUAAGAGAAAAGAGUUAUUUGUAAAUUCAUGAAGGUUAAGAUACUGAGCAUUUUUUUUAACUGCGUUUACUAAGCAAAGAAUUUGUUAUCCACGGGGCUUGUUGUUAAGGUAUUAAGUGAAAUGUCGUUGUGCCUUGGUAAACGCUAUUUUAGUACAAAUUUUAAUUUUUCUAUGCUUGUUAUAUUAUGUAUAGUUAUUUUUAAGUUGAUACUAGACUGGAUUAUUCUAUAUAUAUAGUAUAUUGUACAAUAAAUUAUUACUCAAAAUUAAUAAAAGUAUUAUGGUGGUGUAAUGACGAACGUCAAUUUUUGUGAUAUUUAUUAUUGUGCUUUAUGCCACUGAAUUAUACUGCAAAACAGAGUUAUAAAAUUGUACUUAUUAGACGGCUUUUUAUUUUUCAAGAAUAACAAUUCAAAGCUUAAAAAGAUAAAAUUGUACAUUUCACAGAGAAUUAUGUAAAAAAUAAGGCACAAUAAUAAUUCAAUGAUUCAAUCCAACCAACACUGUAUAAGUGGUACGUAAUAGCAUUAUAUUAUUUAUUAUA